AUGGCUAAAGGGAAAAAUCAGAAGGUGUUUCAAGGUUCUUGGUUUCAAUACAAUGAUGGUAGUAGUACAAUGAAGACGAUGAUGAAGAAUGAUGAUGUCGAAAAAUUUUCGCCAUCAUCAUCAUCGUCGUCCAUCGGUCAAGAAUCGACGGUCUCGAAUGGAUCGUCGUCGUUAUCGGAUGUGAUGGACGAUGCAUCGUCAUUUGAGUCGUCAUCGUUUUCACCGAAUUCGAGUCGAGCUUUGUACGAUCUGUCAGAAAUGAUGGAACAAUUGCCCAUCAAAAGAGGGCUAUCACAAUUUUACAAAGGGAAAUCAGAGUCUUUCACAUCACUUUCAAGAGUGACAAGCAUAGAGGAUUUGGCUAAGAAGGCAACUUCAUGUAGAAGGCAUUUGAAGGCUUCUAAGAGCAUUGGGACUAGUUUGCAUAGCUACAAGUCUUUUACUCUUCCUAAGCCCAUAAUCACUAAAAAGCCCAAUAGGGCUUGUUCAUCUUUUUCAUGUAAAAGAGGGGCUUUUAUGCAAAGCAAGCCCAAUUGA